AUGUCUCGCACUGACUCAGCCUUGCUUGCGCCAGAUUCCCUUCACCUUGAAUCCUCAUCAUUGCUGCACGCCUUCUCAUGGCUCGGGAGCUUGACGCCCGCCUUUGGGAUUGCACGCUUGGAGCCUUUGCCUUCGACCCUGGACCUCGUCCACACUGGGCCGCCGAUGUUCCUCCAGAGCCCCGCUUGUUCAGGGCUGUCGAUUUUGGCCUACGGGGUCAUGCGGGCAGAGUUCUCCCUGCCGGUGUCGGAUUUUGUGCACCCAGACCUGCCAUUGUCGCUGCGCGGCUCAGUGCGGUCUGAGCCACCCCUCUCUGCCUACGGCCUGUCCCGCAUGGACUCCUCGCUGCUUGUGCUGGAUUCCGUGCAGCUCAGCUCCCCAUCGCUGUCGCGGGGAUUCUUGCGGAUUGGUUUGCCACCCUCGGUCUUUGGCAUCACCAGGUCGGAGUUGCCCUUGCCGGUGCUGGACCCUGCCAGCUCGGGACUGUCCAUUUUCCUCAGGGGACUUACCAGGCCUGGCCUUUUUCUGCUUGCUUACGGGCUUACUCGGACUGAUCUCUCCUCGCCAGCAGCGGACUUUGCUCAUAUCGAGCUCUCGGCUUCGCCCCGCUCCCUCCUUCGGCCUGGGCUGACGCCUUCGGCAUACGGCCUGUGCCGUGCAGAGCCCUUGCUGCCCGUCCUGGACCUCGUGCAGCUGAGCUCCUCGUCGCCGCCGCGUGGCCUUUUCCGGCUGGACAGUAGCCUGCCUGUCCUGGGUUCAAGCAGGCCAGAACCCAUCCCAUCGGUGCUGGACCACGUAUCUUUAGGCUUGUCCACAUUUUCGCGUCACCCUGCAAGGCUUGGUUCUGUGAUGUUGGCCUAUGGCAUGGUUCGGCCCGGAUUUCUUCUGUUGGCUUUGGACCAUGCCAUGAUGGGCAGCUCAUCGCCUCUGCAAAGUCACCUGCAUUUGGACUUGCCUUUGCCUGCCUUUGGCCUGUGCUGCAUGGGCUCCAGUCUGCUGCCACCGGACCUGGUCACGCCGGGAUUGCCACUGCCUCUGCAAGCUCCUGCACGGCCAGACCUCCUGCUGCCGGCUUACGGCCUGACUUGCUCAGGCCUGACCUUGCCAACCCUGGACUUGUUUAACGCAGGCUUUUCCCCCUCUUUGCGCACGCUCGCCUGA